AUGAGUUCUGGGAUAGUGAUCCUUCUUGUCGUCUUCCUUGUGGUACAAGCUGCUAACGCUGCUCCGCAGUACUCGGACCCUCUGGCAAGAAAUUUCAUGCUUCCGCUGAGUGCAGCGGCCUAUUCGGACCAGCCGCAGCAAUGUCUCAGCCGACUGUUCAAAAAUGCAACACUUCAUCGUCAAGUCACGGUGUCAUGUGAUAGCUUCAAAAAGGACACCUGCUCCGGGUUCACUGCCGUUCUCCACAACGAGAAAGCAAUUGUGCUGAGUUUCAGAGGAACAAUACGUUUCCUCCAACUACUUCAGGAAAUCACCAAAACAGUCUUCUUACAUUUGGCAUCGUGGCUUUUUGGUGGCAGAAUAUCCGCGUACUUCAGCGAUGCAUUCAGCAAAAUCUGGAGCCAUGGGAUGGAUGCCGAUUUCCGAGCAUUGAGAGCAAUGUAUCCAAAUUACGAAAUUUGGGUUACUGGGCAUUCUCUUGGGGGAUCAGUAGCAUCACUGGCGGCUUCUUUCUUAGUUGGAUCACGUCUUGCAAAUUCGAGCGAAGUCAAACUGGUCACAUUCGGACAGCCCAGAACUGGGGACAUUCUCUUUUCCGUUCAUCACAACAAUCAGGUACGGUGA